AUGUUGUGGACUGCUACGACGGGCAUCCUUGCCUCUGCACUGUUGUACCAUUGUUGGCACUUGCCUGAAGUAUACAGGCUGGACAGAAUUGCAAUAUCGGAACAAAAUUGGAAAGGAUCCGUAUCCCGUCGUAUGGAAUACAUGUCAGGGAUGAAGAAUGAGUCCCUAGUACUAUUUCCAAACCCCAAAGACGGUACCUGGAAGCAACGCCAACUCCCAUACACUGCCUGGGACUUCUUCCCUCCUGCUUAUGGCUGUCCGUUCGAGAUGGAACGAGUCGGUAGCUUCGGAGACGGCGGUAAAUGGAUUUGCGGCAUAUCCCAAUACGCAGCUUUCAAGGAGCGGCCGAUUGUAGUGUACAGUUUUGGGGUCGAUGAAGACUCGUCUUUCGAGGCGGAACUUGUCGAUAGAACAUCAGCCCAUGUUUAUGCCUUCGACUAUUCAGUGGACAAUAUGGGUCCCGAAAUCACAAAUGGGUCCAAGGUGAACGUCAAGUUCAGCAAAAUUGGUCUUGGUGGUUCUGAUGAGACAGUCGAUGGCAAUCGAUUCAUGACGUUGCCAUCCAUCAUGUCAGAACUAGGGCAUGAUUACGUUGACAUACUAAAGAUGGACGUCGAAGGCGCCGAAUUCGAUGCACUGGACGUCUUAAUGGAGACAUACAACGGAUCUAGCCUGCCUUUUGGGCAGCUCAUGAUUGAGUUUCAUCUUUGGGCUGCCCCUCAAAAUAUACGGGAUUUAGUGGCAUGGUGGGAGAGAUUGGAAAGCUUUGGCCUCCGUCCCGUAGCGCAGGAGUCAAAUCCUUUAGGCGUUAUACUUGGACCUGGAUACCCGUGCUGUUAUGAGUGCAAGCGAAUUCCCAAUGGUGUUUAUGGCGCUAAUACAGCGAAAGAUGGUUGA